UUUUAAGACAUAAUUCAUUUUCACUAGGCUGCUUCACUUAAUACAGGAAAAUGGCAGAAAUAACAAACGGUGAAGUACCAAAUGAAUGUGACGAAAUAGCCCAAGCACAAGUCGAUAUAUGGAGAUUUGUGUUUGGUUUUGCUGAAAUGGCUGUAGCCAAGUGUGCUGUUGAGCUUGGAAUCCCCGAUAUCCUCGAAAAUCAAGGAGAUCCCAUGACACUUUCCCAGCUCUCUACACGUCUGUCUUGUUCAUCUACAGCUCUUUUCCGUGUUAUGAGGUUCCUGAUAAACCGAGGUAUAUUCAAGGAGACGGUCACAAAGGAAGGGUCUACGGGGUACGUGCAAUCUCCGCUUUCUUGCUUACUGACGAAAGAUGGAAACGAUAGCCUGGCUCCUCUGUUGCUGUUUCAAAACAGCCCUGUUAUCAUAACUCCAUGGCAUUUCUUAAGUGCGUGUGUGCUUGAUAACAAUAAAUCAGCAUUUGCAUAUGCUCAUGGCAAGGACACAUGGAAGUAUUGCGCGGAUAAUCAAGACCAUAACAAGUUCUUUGAUGAGGCAAUGGCUUGUGAUACUAGGCGAACGGUUCCUGCUGUACUCAGAGGCUGUCCUGAGGUGUUUACGGGUCUGAGCUCCGUGGUGGAUGUUGGAGGUGGUGAUGGAACAGCACUCCGGAUACUCAUCAAAACUUGUCCGUGGAUCCAUGGGAUCAACUUUGAUCUUCCUCAUGUGCUGUCGCUCGUGCCAGAAUGCGAAGGUGUUGAGCAUGUUGGUGGAGACAUGUUUAUCAGCGUCCCUAAAGCCAAUGUUGCUUUCCUCAAGUGGGUAUUGCACGACUGGGACGAUGAGAAGUGCAUCCAAAUUCUGAAAAACUGUAAACAAGCUAUCUCAGAAUACGGGGAAGCUGGAAAAGUGAUAAUUGUAGAUGCUGUAAUUGAUGUGAGAGGUGGAGACAAGCUUAAGGAUGUGGGGCUGAUGCUAGACAUGGUGAUGUUGACACAUACUAACAUGGGCAAAGAAAGGACUGCAGAGGAAUGGGGUUAUGUUCUGAGCGAGGCCGGCUUCAGCAGCCACACAAUCAAGAAUAUUGAGGCUGUAUCAUCUGUUAUCGUGGCUUUUCCUUAAAACAUAUCUUAACGGUAGAUGCUUUUUGCUUUUAUUCUGUUUGGAAUGGAUGUCGUGGUCUGGUUCUACUUUUGUCUUUUCUUGGGUAGCAUAAACCCGUUUGGGUUAUCUAAUUUUUAUAAAGAAAUUAUUUACUUUU